AUGCCCUCCCCUGAGAUCUACGAUGUAACCAUCAUCGGCGGCGGCCCCGUUGGCCUUCUCCUCGCCUACCAACUCACCCGCUUCGACCUUUCAGUCUGCCUUGUGGAAAAGCAAGACAAAGAUACUCCGGAGGGCCGCUAUGGCCGUGCCAUUACAAUGUUUCCGCGGACGUUGGAGCUCCUCGAUCAAUUGGACUUGGUCCAUCCCAUGCUUCAACAGGGGUUUCCAGGAAAAGUAUGGACGUUCAUGGAGAAUAUCCAAGGCACAGUGUUUGAUUUUGCCCUUGUGCUGAGGCAAAUGUACACGGAGGAUAUAUUAAGAGAGAGGCUAGAUAAGAAAAGAGUGUCUUAUCAUGCUUCUAUGGAGUGUGUUGGAUUUGAAAUCGGCCUGGAUGAUAGUGAGUACCCAGUGACUGUGCAUUGCUCAGGACCUGGUGGCAUGAUGACAGCCAAAAGUAAAUACCUUGUUGGGGCAGAUGGUGGCCAUAGUCUCGUUCGCAGAUAUGCCAAUAUUCCCUUCGAUGGUGAUUCAUCAGAAGAUCAGUGGAUUCGCAUUGAUGGCAUAGUCGAGACCAAUAUGCCUAUCAAUCGGGCUUACGGGGCCAUCGAAACAACAACACAUGGGAAUGUUCUCUGGGCCCCUCUUGACCACGGCGCUACCCGCAUUGGCUACGCAUACACACCCGAGAUAGCAGCUAAAUAUCCGGAAGGGGUAACCGAGGAAGUUGCUGUGAACGAAGCCAUUGCGUGCUUGCGGCCCUUCAGCCUAGAGUUCAAAGAGGUACACUGGUGGACAUUAUACAAAAUCGGCCAGCGCAUGGCCCGAACUUUCGCAACGCACAACAAUCGUGUCUUUAUCUGCGGUGAUGCGGCUCAUACCCACAGCAGCGGCGCCGCUCAAGGCCUGAACACUGGUAUUCACGACGCCGUGAACCUUGCCUGGAAGCUGGCUUUGGAGGUACAUGGGCUAUCUCAUCCGGAGGUCUUGGACACCUACACAACGGAGCGCCAGUCUGCAGUGCAGAGGCUACUCAACUACGACAAAGAUAUCUCCCUAUUGAUGACGCAUAAAUGGCCGGCUUGGUACGAUGGGGACCCGAACGCGGACCCGAACGUUCUCCUCGGAGAAAUAUUUAACAAUGCUGCACCAUUCAACACGGGUCUCGGUAUAUCCUACGAGGCCAACGUAAUCAAUCAAGCCUGGGAGUCAUCUACCGAGGCGGCUGUGGGGGUUCAACCAGGGACCCGGGCUCCGGAUACCGAGUUGACCACGCCAGGGACAUUCCAGUCUGUGCGGAUGCACCAAGUUCUGCGGAACCGGUGCCAGUUUCAUGCGAUAGUCUUUACAGGCGGUGAUAUCAAGACAUCGAAAUUGGAAUUAGUUCCUCUUCGGGAGUACUUGGACAGCCACCCGGAGCUUUCAAGGCACCCUGCCAUUGCCUGGUUAACAGUGUGCGGCUCAGCCGACUGCUCGCCGUACGAGGUGCUCGGGAUGACAGGAUUUGGCGAUACCUACUUCGAUGCGAGGGGAAUAGCACACUACGCCUACAAACUCGAUCCACGUAAAGGAAUGCUAGUGGUAAUCCGACCGGACGGGCUGAUAGCAUUCACAUGUGCAUUAGACGGAGAGACGAUCUGGCAGCACUUUUCUAGGAUACUGAGGAGCCAACCACAGGAGACUUGCUAA